CAAAAUCGGCCAAUGGAAAGAUGCGUUCAAAGACACGUUGAGUUACAGACAUGUCAACUUCCUUUGGAUGAAUACAAUGAGCUUUCCCACAAUUUAAGUUACUUAAACAUGGUGAUUAUCGGCUCCGAGUCGGCGGUCAUUCUUCGACUCCGAGGGCCGCUGGAGCUCAAGUGUCAGCUGGACAGCACGGAUGUGGUGUUUAUGCAAAAAGCAAUCUCCAGAGCAUUUGAGGCACUUCGUUUGCAGGUAAAAUCCAAAUCCUGUGUCCUGGCGAUCUGCGACAGUCCUCUUCUUAUUUGGCCAAACAAAUGUGUUUAUGAAGAAAUAAGCCCAGACACACCAUGUGAAGACAUAUUUCAGUGGAUACAAACAAAUGACCAGGAGUCCGGUGGGAAGAGAACAACAAAAAAGAAAAACAGAAAAUGUUUUUCAGCAAGUGUCUUAAACUUCUCCCUGAUGACGGAGGUGACGAAGCCAGGCCCUCUCUCUGCUCCGAUCCUCACUAAAACCGUCCAGAGGUCCCACUUUCUCUGCGCAACUCUUCAAGUGGACUGUGCUGUCUGCAGCAGCUGCAGCGACCCCAUUAAAGAUGGCUGUGGACGACUGCUGGAGGCACUGACUCGCCAGCUGUUUGAGAUGGAGAAGGUGUUUCUCCAACAUAUGAGGGGGACGAUGGUGCUUGUCCCAGAGCCCCUUCACUUCCUCCUUCCAGAGCCAAACGGGCUGGUGACGGUGGUCUUUCCCAGAGAUCUGCCAGAUAAAGAGUUGGAAGCACAGCGCAGGGAGCUUCAUAAACAGUUUGAGCUUCCUGAUGACAAGCCAUACUUCAGAAGAGCAAACACUUUUCACUUUCCUAAUGAGCCUUACAAAGACGGGUAUCUCCGAAACCCUCAUGCGGUUCUCACUCACCCUGCCCUUGACAAUGGGAAGGUAUACCUGGUCCAGGGAAUUUACAGCUACCACCACUAUAUGCAGGACCGCAUGGAUGACAAUGGGUGGGGCUGUGCCUAUCGGUCCCUGCAGACCAUCUGCUCCUGGUUCAAGCAGCAGGGUUAUGUAGAGAGAUGCGUUCCCACUCACAAGGAGAUCCAGCAGGCUUUGGUGGAUGUUGGAGACAAGCAGGCGUCCUUUGUGGGGUCCCGUCAGUGGAUUGGAUCCAUUGAGGUUCAGGCUGUUCUAGACCAGCUGCUUGGAGUCACGUCGAAAAUCAUGUUUGUGAGUCAGGGAUCUGAAUUGGCUUCCAAGGGAAGAGAACUGGCCAAUCACUUUCUGUCUGAAGGAACCCCAGUCAUGAUUGGUGGGGGAGUUUUGGCUCACACUAUCCUGGGCGUAGCUUGGAGUGAGACCACUGGUGAAAUCCGCUAUCUCAUCCUGGAUCCACAUUAUACCGGAGCAGAGGAUCUUCAGGUUAUUACAGAUAAGGGCUGGUGUGGCUGGAAAGGACCAGACUUUUGGGAUCAAACUGCAUAUUACAACCUGUGUUUACCCCAGAGGCCAAGAGUGAUUUGAGCUGAAAUAGACUUUCAGAUGAAUUUCACUUAACAAUGGUUAAAGGCUGAAAAUAUAAAUCCAGGUUUCUUACCGGUAAUUUAAACUGGAUUUGCCAAGCUAGUCAUCACAUAACCAGAAAUGCAUUUUGUCUAUUUCUAUUUCAAAGAAUUGUCUCAUUUGUUAUGGAUACUGAUGUGCUCUCUCAAAUAGUCAUUAAAGAUAUAGCUUUACCUUA